CAUCUUCUCUCUCUAGACUCUGUACCUAUCUCUCUCUCUCUCUAGACAUAUGAUAGAGUGAUCAGCAGAGGACAGCCCAGAAAUGCAGAUUUUCCAGCAAUAUCAUACCUUGUUAUUUCGCCUUAUCUUGAUCCAUCAAAUCCCCGUGAACGCCACUCCCUUAUAAUACUCCACCUCUCUGUUAAACCAAUUACAAAACCUUACGAACAGUUCCAAUUUCCAACCCCGUUGGUAAAUCAUCGUAAUGUUUCUAUUUCUCCAGUGUGCUUAGUGAUUUCUUGUCUUCAGAUAAUUUGUUUGAUCAAUGGAGAACUUUUACUGUGUUGAUAGCAGCAAUGAUUCACAUUUGCCUCCGGGGUUUAGAUUCCACCCUACUGAUGAAGAACUGAUCACUUACUAUCUUCUGAAGAAGGUUCUUGACUGUAGCUUCACUAGUAGAGCCCUUGCUGAAGUUGAUCUUAACAAGUGUGAGCCCUGGCAACUUCCUGGGAAAGCUAAGAUGGGAGAAAAAGAAUGGUACUUCUUCAGCCUCCGUGAUCGGAAAUAUCCAACUGGGUUAAGGACUAAUCGCGCAACAGAAGCUGGAUACUGGAAGGCCACUGGAAAAGACAGGGAAAUUUACAGCUCAAAGACUUGCUCACUGGUGGGAAUGAAGAAAACCCUAGUUUUCUACCGUGGAAGAGCUCCAAAGGGUGAAAAGAGCAACUGGGUUAUGCAUGAGUAUCGCCUUGAAGGCAAAUUAGCUUAUCACUACUUGUCUAGAAAUUCCAAGGAUGAGUGGGUAAUUUCUCGAGUGUUUCAGAAGAGCGGCCCAGGUAGCGCCACAAGCGGUGGCAAGAAGCGGCUGACCACCUGCAUGAACCCUUUUUCUGAAGUUAGCUCUUCCUCUUCAGUUUCUCUGCCGCCGCUCCUUGGAUCCGCAGCUGCAAUCACUGAACAUGAUAGCAGCUCCUACGAUGCCAACGCCACUAAUGCCAAUGAGCACGUGCCCUGUUUCUCCACCGCAGCACCACCGAGUUUCAACUACGACUCUCUCUUCGAGCUGCCACCGGCCACCUCCCAGAAUAUGUUUAUCGCAGGUCACUCAUCUUCUUCACCAGGUUUUCCCAAAAACAUUGGUGGAAUCUCGUCUUUUCCCAAUUUGAGGUCUCUCCAAGAAAAUCUUCAGCUACCUUUCUUUUUCUCCGCUCUGGCUCCUCCAACAAUGCACGGCGGCACCAGUGAUCAGAUGACUGGUUAUGGCCCUGUUAACCACUGGUCGUCACCGGAGAAUCAGAAAAUGGGUCCCACUUCCACCGAGCUCGACUGCGUGUGGAAUUACUAAUCGAAAAAUCUUGCCGAUCAGAAUUUGUAAUCUUGUUCCGAUGGAUUCUCAAUUAUAUUAGGGUUUUAAAUAUUAGCUUUGCUAUUAUCUGUAGGAUCUUUUUAUAAUGCAUGGAAGUUGUUUGGUAUGUUCUAUUUCAUUGAAAAGUCCUUAUUAUUACUGACUUUGUCGUCCUCGAGCGUCCUCGGGCGAGAGCUAAUAGGAAGAGAACUGGCUCGAUGUCUCACUAUUUAGAAAUUCCGCACAAUUUAUUGCAUUAUGUUCUUAUGUAGCACAUGGUCCCUUGUA